AUGGCUGUCGGAAAAAACAAGCGUCUUUCAAAAGGCAAGAAAGGGCUCAAGAAGAGAACACAAGAUCCCUUCACUCGCAAAGAUUGGUAUUCGGUGAAGGCACCAUCGACCUUCCAAGUUCGCGAUGUUGGGAAAACACUUGUCAACAGGACUACUGGUCUCAAGAAUGCGAAUGACGCUCUGAAGGGAAGAAUAUUUGAAGUCUCUCUGGCCGAUCUGCAGAAAGACGAGGACCAUGCGUUCCGAAAGGUCAAGCUCAGGGUCGACGAGGUGCAGGGCAAGAAUUGCUUGACCAAUUUUCAUGGACUUGACUUCACAUCUGACAAAUUACGCUCACUGGUUCGCAAGUGGCAAUCCCUCAUCGAAGCCAAUGUCGUUGUCAAGUCUACAGAUGAUUACCUUCUUCGCCUUUUUGCUAUUGCAUUUACCAAGAGACGACCCAACCAGAUCAAGAAAACUACGUACGCUCGGUCAUCUCAAAUCCGUGCCAUUCGCAAGAAGAUGGUCGAGAUCAUCCAACGCGAAGCAUCUAGCUGCACGCUUUCCCAGCUAACAACCAAGUUGAUUCCUGAGGUGAUUGGCCGUGAGAUCGAAAAAGCCACGCAAGGCAUCUAUCCGUUACAAAAUGUUCACAUUCGAAAAGUCAAGUUGUUGAAGGCACCGAAGUUCGAUCUAGGCGCUCUUCUCAAUCUCCAUGGUGAAUCAACAACGGAUGAGCAAGGGCAGAAGGUUGAGCGUGAAUUCAAGGAGACGGUGCUGGAUGAAGUUUGA